AUGAAGAACGAAGCUACAGUCAUUGAUGUCCAUGCAGAAUCUAGCUCAGCCAUGAAAGGCAAAGCUCCUCUAUUCGGUGUGGCUAAAAGCCACACUGCUACAGGCUCAGGUGGAUACAAGAGAGGUGUCUCAAUCUUCGACUUCCUCCUCCGUUUAGCUGCCAUUGUUGCAGCAGCAGUCGCCGCUGCAACCAUGUUUACAAGCGACGAGACUCUUCCAUUCUUCACACAGUUCUUACAGUUCCAAGCUGGCUACGACGAUCUACCAACUUUCCAGUUCUUUGUGAUUGCCAUGUCCAUAGUCGCAGGAUAUCUCGUCCUGUCUCUUCCUUUCUCCGUCGUCACCAUCGUUCGCCCUCACGCCGCCGCUCCAAGACUCCUCUUGCUUGUUCUUGACACUGCGGUUCUGGUGUUGAACGCGUCGGCUGCAUCAUCGGCGGCGGCGAUUGCUUAUCUAGCACACAGUGGAAACCAGAACACGAACUGGCUCCCCAUUUGCCAACAGUUUGGUGACUUCUGUCAGAAAACCAGCGGAGCUGUUGUCUCCUCUUUUAUCGCCGUCGUCUUCUUCACCAUCCUCGUCGUCCUCUCCGGUGUCGCUCUCAAAAGUCACUAA